CCUGAGGUGGACGGAACUCCUCCUUGUUGCCUCGCACCCAGUCAACGUUCCGCUGCAAACGGUGUUACCACCCACCCGUCCACCGGACCCAGAAUCCCUCGGCCGUGCGCGGGGCAGUGACGACCGAGUAACGGGAUGGCGAGCGUCGUGACUGUGGGCACUGCUUUGCUAGGUCGGACGCUGGGAGGACUGUUCAACUGCAGGCCGUGGCCUGCGAGUUGCAGCAGCGUAUGUGCAGCCAUAAGAAGAUUGUCAUUGGAUAAUACCCCCUCAGCCCCUCCAAAACGGCCCCUCAAUGCUUACCUGCACUACUUGGUGGAACAACAACAGAUUAUUUUUAAACAAAGUCCAGAUAUAAAGGUGUCUGAAAAGACUAAGCAGAUUGCUCAGGCCUGGAGAGCGUUAACGCCAGAUCAGAAAAAACCGUAUGAACUAGCAGCAAAUGAUGCCAAAUUGAAAUAUAAAGUGGAGCUGGCAGCCUUCAAAGCUAACCUCACACCAGCUCAACUGGCCAGCUUGAAAGAAGAGAGGAGACAGAAACUGGCCAAACGGAGAACAAUGAGGAAAAAACGACUCACCGUUUUGGGGAAGCCUAAGCGACCUCGAACAGCCUUCAAUAUCUUCAUGGCCGAAAACUUUGAUGAAGCCAAAGGGGCAACUUCACAGGCAAAGCUGAAAAACCUACAGGAUGAGUGGCAUCGGCAGUCUGAAACACAGAAGCAAAUGUACGCACAACUGGCCGAGGAUGACAAAAUCCGUUACCAGAACGAAAUCAAAUUGUGGGAGGAACAAAUGAUUGAGACGGGACAUGAAGACGUUAUCCGAGUUAAACAGAAGAGGAGAGUUCAGAAGCUGCUACGAAUGAAAGUGAAAGCAAAUCAAACGGCAGCUAAAACUACCAAGCCAUCCUCAACAUUAAGCACAACCAAGAGCAAAAAGACCUCUGAAGAAUAAGGCUAUUCUUAAGAGUUCUAAUAUUUUUAUUAACCUUACUGAUGUCAGAUGUCGAAUACUGACUCAGAUUCCUGAAAUGUCUGGAAUUCAUUAUGGGGGUAUCUCCCUGAAAUGUUUCACUGAAUGUUUGAAUUUUUGUACUUUUGAUGACGGACAACGACAGCAAACGUAACAGGCUUGUAAUUCUAGUUCAUUGGUGAGCAGUGAUAGCAUUUGCAGCCGAAAUUGGGCAUAGGUGAGCAGCCUGUUGUAUGCAGUAGAAGGGAUGUAAUUUACCAGUCUGUAAAUAUGCAAGUAAUGACUGAGAUAAUGCUGCCUGAGUCUUGUCUGGUGAUUAGGAUGACUCUCCUCUGUGCUAGGUCUAUAUUAUAAAUUGUUACAACACUUCUGCUUGUCAGUGGAAAUAAUGGAUCAGUACACUUAUCAGCUGAAGGAUUUUUCCGCCUAAUUGUGGUAUGUAAAUAAAUGUCAAAUUUUCAUAAA